AUGUUCGCUUUCCCCUCCGCGGUUGCGACUGAUCGUGGUGCCCAGUUUGAGUCUCAACCCUUCCAAACACUACUCAAUUUUCUUGGCUGCAUACGCAUUCGGACGACAUUCUACCGCUCAGCUGCCAACGGCAUGGUUGAGCGUCUCCAUCGCCAGCUAAGGACCGUCCUGCGUGCCGUAGAAGACUCAGGAAACUGGUCGGACAACCUUCCUCUUGCACAUUUUGGCAUCCGCGCAGCUCUGAAGUCGGAUCUGGGCUGUAGCGCAGUUGAACUGGUUUUCGGCACUGUCCUCCAACUGCCAGGCGAGAUGGUCGCCCCCAGACUCUAG